AUGGCAGCAGUAACUGUUUUGGGAGCCGUGUGCUUGAUGACAGUAGUAGUGACAAUCUCGAACGGGAGUCGUCAGGAUUCAGUACGGAGCGAGAGACGCCUUUCUGACUCGACUAGACAUCACAGUAACCCAUUCGGUUCAAAUUUCGGAAUCAGAAAUUGGCAAAAAAUCUUACACUGGCACGAGGGCUUGUCGUUUGACGUCGCCAUCCAUAUCAUCACGAGAGAUGAAACAUUUGCCAGAUCAGAAGAUUCAUGCUAUUACCUUGCUUUCAUCAGCAAUGCCAUCCAGACCAUGCCAGAAUAG